UUAAGUGAUCUCUGACAUCAAGUAUUACGUCAUCCCCGAUUCAAACAAAACCAAGAAAUGUAAACUAAAACACGGUCGUUCUUAUCAGACUCCAUAGAUCAUCAAGUGCUGUCGUGUAUCGGACUAGUUAUCGUCCUUACUCCCCACUGUCAUAUUUCCAACCAAAACACGAACCAUGUCAUUAAUCCAACGGCUGAUUAUAACAACUUGGGCCCUAGUAAGUGGCUGUUAUGGCCAAAGUGACGUCAUUGAUAGACGUUGUUGUGUGCCGUCUCACUUUCGGUGUACGAUGGACGUGACAGGAGGAUACACAGAUCCUGUUUCCAGAACAACCUCAUAUGUAGAUCGCAAAGUCCGUCUUUACAACGAUUACGAUUUGAACGCCACCAGAACCGACACUGACGUCACCCUACCAAGUGGUGUGACUUUUGUUCACUCGGAGCUGACAUUUUAUGACAAGCAUAUCUCCUUCAAAGUAGACGGUGGCCAAUGCCGGACUGAUCAUAUCACCGACGCCAUGCAGGACAAGUGUAUUCCAGCUGAUGCAGUGCUGUUGAGGACGAGCCGUAUUGGACCAACUGGACACGAUGGUAUCAACGUUGACACGUGGCGUUACAUCACAUCCGAUAACAUCACGAUUCUGCGCACAGUGACGUCGAAUGAAUGUUGGCCUGUCUACCAGACGGAAUACAGUGUACACAAAGGAGGCUACUCGGAAAUGACGUAUAUGAUAUCUGACAUCGAAUUGGGAAAGUUUCCUGGUUUGAUUCUCACACCGAACAUCUGCAUAAAGACCUAAGACACGGGAAAACAAUUUGUGAAUUCAAAUGACAAGAUACACUAUUUCUGCUGAUGGUCUUAUUGCUCUUUCAAUUUUUUAUUCUUUAAUAAAUAAAAGUCUU